AUGCGCUGCGCUCUCGUCUUCGUGCUGGUCGUGGCGGUGCUCGCGUGUUUUGCACCGGCAAUGACGCACGCCUACUCGACAACGUAUACCGCGCGCAGCGCCGGCAGUGGGGCCUUUGCCUUCGAUCCCCUAGAAAUCGAUUUCUGCAAGUUGCAGGACGCGGGGUCGCACACGGCCAUGUCGACCUCCGCCUCUAUUCAAGAGGCUCUCGAGAGUGCCUAUCAACGCGAGGGCAUUCGCGGCAAUAUCCCCCUUGGCGGCAUGACGGAGCAGGCGGUGUGCGCGGGAACCCAAUGCGAGUGGCGGUGGUAUCGCGGGCUCUUCCGCACCACCCGCCCGCUGUUCCUGCGCGGUGUCAACUACUGGGGAGUAAACGAUGACGCGACUCCAGUGGACAGAACUACUGCUGUGUCGGGCUCCUACACCAAUUUCGAGACCAACUACCCGCGUUCCUGGGGAAACCUGAGCUACUGGGGCAAGCGCCUGGUUGUGAUGCAGCCGUCCGGGAAGUGGGUGAACACGGAGGUGUCCACAUCGUUUACGAAUUUCCUCUGCGAGUACUACGUCUACGCCGACUCCGAUGGCGUGAAUCGGCUUGUGCCCACCUUCCCGGGCGGCAGCGCCAUUCCCUUCGUUAGCAGCUCCGGCCACACGUACAAGUACUGCGGCAAAAAGGUUGAGGUAGACUCGCAGAGCCGCUGGAUCCUCCCGAAGUGCAACGAAACGUUCCCAUGGUGGGGCGGCCUCCUCAUUGCCGUCGUGCUCUAUAUCAUCCUGAUUGCUCUCAUCAUUAGCAUCUGGUGCUGCUGCUGCAUCCGCCGCCGCAACAAAGAGGAGAAGCGCCGCCGUAAUAUCAUCGGAUCGCAGUAUGAUAAUCAGGGCGCUAUUCCCACGCAGUCGGAGCUCGGGCUGAGCCGUCACAACUCUUUCCGAGGCACCAGCAUGUACAACUCCGACGACACCGACUCCGAUGCAGAUGCGUACUCUUCGCGCGAGUAG